CGGGCUCAGCUGGCCAUACUCUCUCACCCACAGGGCGAGGGCAGCUGGGUGCCCAGGCUUGGGUCGCAGGACUGCAGAGCCAGGUGCCACACAGGUGUGGGGCCCGUGCACCAAGGAAGACCCUGGCCAGCUGGAGGAGACUUGCCGGGGAGCAGAGCUCGGCCUCUGGGGUCCUGCGUUCUGGGCUGCAAUGAGCUCUGCCUCCAGCGAGCCCGGCAAUGGGGAUGCCUCCCAAAAGCCCCUACUGGGGCUGGACGUCGUGAUCCAGAGACUGGAGGACACCAUACUGAGUCCCACGGCCAGCAGGGAAGACCGGGCACUGACCAUGCGUGGGGAAGGCCGGCGGGCCUCACCCACCCCCGUGCCCGCCCACAUCCGUGAGAUCGUGGCCAGCAGCCUGAGUGAGGAGCCACCCCAAGCAGGGGUACAGGAGCCGACAGCCACCAUGGCCCGCGUGCAAGAGGAGAACGAGCUCCUGCAGGAGGAGCUGACCCGGCUGGGGGACCUGCUGGCCCAGGCCGGCGUCGAGCGAGAUGAGCUGGCCAGCAGGUGCCGUGUGGUCAGUGAGCAGCUGCAGGCCCGGUUGGAGACCACUGAGGCUCAGCUGCGGAGGUCGGAGCUGGAGCACAGCGUGGAUCUGGAGGAGGCCCUUGGCCGUCUGGAGGUUGCUGAGGAGAGGAGCACUGGCCUCUGCCAGGUGAACGCGCUCCUGCGGGAGCAGCUGGAGCACAUGAAGAAGGCCAACGACGCGCUGGCCCGGGAGCUGGCUGGGACGACGGGCAGCGUGCAGCGCCUGCAGGGCGAGCUGGAGCUGAGGCGCUGGGCCCAGAGACAGACCCGGCCAGGGGGCCUGGAGAAGCCCCGGGACCUCCUUCUCCUGUGGAGACAGGCCGUGGUGCUGGGCACAGACCUGGCGGAGCUGCGAGCAGCCACUGAGAGGGGCCUCGCUGACCUGCAGGCAGACACGGCCAAGACAGCCCGCCGCCUGCACACUGCCUGCCUGAACCUCGACUCCAACCUGCGACUGUCGGCCAGCAGCACGGCCAGCACCCUGGGGCAGCAGCUUCGGGACAAGGUUGGGGAGAUGCUGCAGCUGCAGGUCCGCUGGGACACAGAGAAGGUGGCGCUCCAGGCCAGACUCUCGGAGCAAACGCUGCUGGUGGAGAAGCUCACAGAGCAGAAUGAGCAGAAGGCGAGGACCAUCGCUUCUCUCAGAACCGACCUGCAGAGCCUGGUGGCCCAGGAGGAUACCCAGUGCCUGGAGCUGUCAUGGAGCAUCACUGAACUGGGGGAGCCACGGCGCCCACUGAGGAGCCCCCAACGUGCCACAUCCCCCCAUCAAGGGGCGUCCCCACCACAUACCCACUCCCCAGCCACCCUGGACCCUGUACUGCAGGCCGUGCGGGCAGCCAUCGAGAGGCGGCGGCGGCGGGAACAGGAGCUGUGCCUGCAGCUGGAGUCCUCCCAGGCAGUGGCAGCCGGGCUCCAGGAGCAGCUGUCCGAGUGCCGGCAGGAGCUGUGGGCUGCACAGAAACUCCAGCAGGAGCGGGCUCGGGAGCAGGCACGGGAACAAGAGGCCCUUUGGGGCCAGCUGGAGGCCCAGAGGCUCGAGGUGCAGCAGUGCCGGGCAUCCUGCAAGCUCCUGGGGAGGGAGAAGGCUGCUCUGGAGAUGGUGGUGGAGGAGCUGAAAGGGAAGGCAGAUGCUGCAGAUGCGGAGAAGCAGGGGCUGGAGGCCGAGGCCACGGAGCUACAGAGAAGCCUCCUGCUGCAGGCAGAGCGGAGGGAGGAGCUGGCUCUGCAGAGGGAGCGGAGCUGCAGGGCACUGGAGACCAGUCAAGGCCGCCUGCAGCAGCUGGAGGAGAAGGUCUCUGGGCUCAGAGAGGAGCUGGCAUCAGCCCGGGAGGCACUGAGCACAGCACAGCUGCAGCGGGAUGUCGUGGAGAGCGAGAGGGAGGGCUUGCGCAGCGCCCUGGCGCGGGCUGAGUGCAGCAAUGCGGACCUGGAGCUUCUUGUGAGGCGGCUGAAGUCAGAGGGAGUGGAGCAGAGGGACUCGCUGGCUGCAAUGGCCGCCUUGAUGGAGGCGCUGGCUCAGGACAAAAGUGACCUGAACCACCUGACCCUGCAGCUGGAGCAGGAGCGGGACCAGCUGCGGGAGCAGCAGAAGACUCUGGAGCAGGAGCAGGUCCGGGCCAGGGAGCAGCUGGCCCAGGCGGAACAGCAGCUGUUGCUGGAGCAGGCAGAGUGCAGGGGCCUGCAGCAGGCCUGUGGGCACCUGGAGCAGCAGCAGGAGCAACUAGAGGGGCAGGCAGCCCUGCUGGGGCGAGAGAAGGCCCAGCUCCAGGACCAGGUGGGCCAGGUCACAUGCCAGAAACAGGCCCUGGAGGAGCAGCUGGCUCAGAGCCUGCAGGACCAGGAGGCCCAGAUGGACACUCUGCAGCAGGCCCUGCAAGACAAGGAUGCUCUGUCUGAGGAGCGGGCCCAGCUGCUGGCCAAGCAGGAGGCCUUGGAGAGGCAGGGCCGGCUUGUAGCUGAAGAGGCAGCUGAUCUCAGGGCGGAGAGGGACUCCCUGGAGAGCAGCCUCCUCGAGGCCCAACAGCUGGCCACGAAGCUGCAGGAGCAGCUGGAGGAGGAGGCGCGGAGCACAGGACUCGCUCGGCAAGCCUUGCAAGUGGAAAUGGAGCAGCUACAAAGUGACUGGGAGGUCCAGGAGAUGAAGCUGCGGCAGGACGUGGGGCGGCUCCAGCGACAGGUGGCACAGCAGGAGCGGGAGGCACAGCGGGCCCUGGAGAGCCAGGCGUCAGCUCACCGCGAGGCCCUGGCACAGCUCCAGAGGGAGAAGGAGACCCUGAGCCUGUCCCUGGAAGAGGAGAAGGAGGCAGCCAGAUGCCAGCUGGAGCAGGAGAAGGAGCUGGUGACAAAAAGUGCCGCCGAGAGGGAGGCUCUGAAGGGGGAAAUUCAGAGCCUGAAGCAGGAGCGGGACGAGAGCCUUCUCCAACUGGAGCACAGGAUGCAACAGGCCCUGUCCCUAAAAGAAGCAGAGCGGAGCCUUCUGAGCGAGGAGCUCUCCAGGGCCAGGAGGGUGCUGGAGCGGGUACAGCAGGAGGCACAGAGCCAGCAGGAGCAAGCACAGGCCACCAUCAGCUCCACAACCGAGGAGCUGAAGGCCCUCCAGGCCCAGUUUGAGGAUGCCAUCACGGCCCAUCAGAGGGAGACCACGGCCCUAUGCGACAGCCUCCGGGACCUAUCGGCCGAGCGGGGCGAUGUGGAGAGAGAGGCUGAAAGGCUGCGGGCACAGCUGACCAUGGCCCAGGAGGGACUGGCCGCACUGCGCCAGGAGCUGCAGAGCAUCGAGGAGAGCCGGGAGGGGCUGCGCAGGGAGGCCCAGGAGGCCCGCCAGGCACUGAGCGACGAGGCCCGCGAGAAGGACGUACUGUUGCUUUUCAACAGUGAGCUGCGAGCCACCAUCUGCAGGGCGGAGCGGGAGAAGGCCAGUUUUAAGCGGUCCAAGGAGGAGAAGGAGCAGAAGCUGCUCGUCCUGGAGGAGGCCCGGGCGGCGUUGCAGCAGGAGGCCAGUGCACUGCGGGCCCGCCUGCGGGAGCUGGAGCAGGAGCGGGGGGACGCCCGUCAGGAGCUCCAGGAGCUCCACAGACAGGUGAGGACGCUAAAGGCUGAGAACCAGAGGAGGAGUGGAGAGGCCCAUGAGCUGCAGGUGCAAUGCUCGCAGGAGGUGCUGGAGCUGCGGAGGCAGGCAGCCAAGGCGGAGGCCAAGCGCGAGGGUGCCCGGAAGGAGGUGGGAGGGCUGCCUGUGCUCAGAAGGGAAGGACCUGGGUGUCGGGGAGCAGAGGGAGGAGGCCCACCCCACUUCCUCACUGUCUCCCACGGGCGCACCCCAACAUCCCUCCUACAGGUCCUGGGGCUGCAGAGGAAGUUGGCAGAGGUGGAGGCCGCAGGGGAGGCCCAUGGACAGCGGCUCCAGGAGCACCUCCAGGAGAGCCGGGGGGCUGAGCAGACCCUCCGAGCAGAGCUGCAUCGUGUCACCAGGAAGCUGCAGGAAGCCAGCGGUGUGGCUGAUGCUCUCCAGGCUCGCCUGGACCAGGCCUGUCACCGAAUCCACAGCCUGGAGCAGGAGCUGGCCCAGGCUGAGGGUGCGAGGCGGGACGCGGAGGCCCAGCUGGGCCGGCUGUGCUCCACACUCCGCCGUGGCCUGGGGCUCUGGAGACAGAGCCCGUGGGUCUCCCCGGAGCAGCCUGGUUCCCCCACCAAAGGCUCCGACGGCUCCCAGGCUCUCCCUGGGCACCAGGGUGCCAGCCCCCCAGCUAGGCCCCACUCGCCCCUCCGAUGGCCCUCGCCCACACCCGGAGGCCGCAGCUCAGAGCUUGUGGAUGUGGCCACUGUGCAGGACGUCCUGCGGGACUUUGUGCAGAAGCUCCGGGAAGCCCAGCGGGAGCGGGACGACUCCUGUGUCCAGAUGGCCACCCUGAGCAGCCGGCUGAGCGAGGCGGAGUGCAGGUGUGCCCGGGCCCAGAGCCGUGUGGGGCAGCUACAGAAAGCCCUGGCUGAGGCGGAAGAAGGCCGGCGCCGGGUGGAGGGUGCUCUGAGCAGCGCCUGGGCAGCGCGUGCCCUGCAGAAGGAGGCGCUCCGCAGGCUGGAGGCGGAGCACCUGGCGAGCGUGCGUGCAGCAGGCCAGGAGAAGCGGCGGCUGCAGGAGCAACUGGACAUGCUGCACCAGGCCCUUGAUGAGAGCAGGAGGCACAAUCAAGGCCUGGCCAAGAAGGGGAAGCUGCUGGAGGAGCAGCUCACCAACUUGGAGCACAGGUGUCAGGAGGCUGAGGGAUCGCUGGAGCCCCUGCGACAGACGGAGCAAGAGACACUGAAGAGGGAGGAGGAUGUGGUGAGGCUGGGGGCUGAGAAGGAGCAGCUGGACCGGUCUCUGAACAGCCUGCACAAGGAGGUGGAUGGAGUCCGGAGGCAAAAUCAUCAGCUGCAGGCCCAGAUGGUGGAGAUGGAGCAGGCCCACACCCAGCAGCUCCGGGACCUGGCGGCCCAGCACCAGCGGGACCUGGCCACAGAGGCAGAGCGUCUGCAUGGGGACCAGUCACAGGCCACACAGGCCCUGGAGUCCCAAGAAUGGACCCACCAGCAGCGGGUGAAGAUGCUGGAAGAGCAGGUGGCCGGCCUGAAGGAGCAAUUGGACCAGGAAGUGCAGCGGCGGCAACAGGCCCACCUCGACCAGGCCUUCCAGACAGGACAGUGAGGCCUGCUGCACACCACCCAGCAGCCUAGCCGCCUUCAGCCCUGACAGGCCUGCAGGGGGCCCUGGGGAAGGUGCUGGAGGCGCUGGGCUGCUGGGGGAACCACUGUUGAGAAAACCAAUGCCAUGUGCUCUGCACAAGAGAGACAAAGCUCAAAUGGGGUGGGCACGAUGCCAGCAGAAAGCACAGGGUGCAGGUAGCCACCAGCCGGGCUAACACUCACUCCUCAGGGUCCCCAGGCAGCGGCGCACUCUGAGCCCAUUGGCCACAGAGCUCCUCUGGCCCCUGGGGACUCGGCCUGCAGCUGGUGCUGGACCACACUGCAGGUCGUUCAUCGCUGACAGCCCCUUCCCCUCCGGCAGAGAGCAGGGGCUUGGGCAUCCUCACACCCUACCCCCGCCUGGCGUCCUCACAGCCUGCCCCUGCCUGGCACUCCAUUUCCACUUUGGAGGAGCUGGUCUGGCCAGACCCCCGGGGCCAGGCCCUGUCAGGCUGGCUUCCCCGGCUUCAUUCCGUGCCCUCAGCUCUGUAAACACGGGAAAACACGUGGAAAACAUUUCCACCAACUGGAGCCAAAAACAUAAUGUCCUGUAAGGCCAGCCGCCACAUCCCCACGCCCAGCGGCUGCGAGCCUCCGCAUCCAGGAACUGCGGCCGUCACGGUGGCAGGUGGCUGGAAGUGACUCAGAUUCAAGUCCCCGUGACUCACUGGCCGCCAGAAGCAGGGGAGUGUAACACUUAAAGCUGUUACAGAGCCUCCCAUGUUCCUGGCCUGGAAAUGCUGGGAACGGUCCUGCAGGAUUCCGGCCGGGUUGCUAUGGAGACCCAGGCGGCCAUCUUGGGCCUAUGGCAUGGGCCACCUGUGUCCAUCUGUGCUCCUCGUCUCCAUCACCAUUGCUCAGAGUGACUUGUUCUCCUCUCCAAAGGGCCGCAUGCUUUAUAGGUGGUCAUUUGUGAUAUCUGUGGGGCACCAGCCAGCCCAGUGAAUCCCUGCAUGUACCACAGGGGCCUCCCGCCCCGGCCGCAAGGACUCUGGCCUAGGGGUGCAAGGCCAGAGGCUCCCGGCCCCCACCCCAUCACAGUUACUGUGAGCCGCAGCUCCAUGUGCAGCAGUGUCUAUUUCAAGAUCACUCUGGGACUUAAAAUAGUCUGUCCUGGCACACCUGGUUUUCUGGUGGACUUAGUAAUGGAGUUACCAUAUGCUGUAAAUUGUGCAAAAUCAAUAGCUAAAGAGAGGUGGUCAAAUAGGCUGCUUCCUGUCUGUCA